GUAGGGCCAUACCUCCAGACUCAUAGGCUAAAUAAAACAAUACUAUCACUGGAUAAUCACAUCGGACUACUAAAAGAGUUGUUUGGAGCUUAUUUUUUUUAAAACAUUUUAGGCAGAGGAUUCACACAUUUGUUUACAAUGAAAUUCCACAUGGAUUUAUUUCUAUUGACAUUUAUUGUGAACGCGAACUGCUCUGCUGCUAUAUAUUGGCUUGGACUUACUGUAAAUGGGAGUUCUUUAGGCUGGAAUCAAACUAAUCAUUGCAAGCUGCUAGACGCGUUGGCCCAUGAGCAAUUGCAACUUUGUCGGCGAAAUAUCGAGUUGAUGCACAGUAUUGUCCACGCCGCCAAGAUGACCAAAAAUACAUGUCAGAACACCUUCGGUGACAUGCGGUGGAACUGUUCCUCUGUUGAAAAAGCCCCUCGUUUUACACCAGAUUUAGCAAAGGGCACCAGGGAGUCUGCGUUUGUGUUCUCACUAGCUGCUGCCGUAGUGAGUCACUCCAUCGCCAGAGCCUGCUCUUCUGGAGAGCUCCCCAGCUGCUCGUGCGCCCCAGCCCCUGCUGAACAGGCCGGGCCCGACUUCAAAUGGGGAGGAUGUGGUGAUAACCUGCACUAUGGUCUCCAAAUGGGAUCUGCUUUUUCUGAUGCACCGAUGAGAAACAGCAGAUCUGGCUCUCAGCCGUUCAGACUGAUGAACUUGCACAAUAAUGCAGUUGGAAGACAGGCACUUAUUGAUGCCCAGGAGACCAACUGCAAAUGCCAUGGCUUGUCUGGGUCCUGCUCUGUCAAAACAUGUUGGAAGGGCCUCCAUGAUAUUAAUCACAUUGCCAUGGAUCUCAAAUCCAAGUACCUGUCUGCCACCAAGGUGAUCCAUCGUCAUGUUGGGACAAGGAAGCAGUUGGUCCCCAGAGAGUUGGAUUUUCGACCAGUGAGAGAGAGUGAUUUGGUCUACCUGAUCAGCUCUUCGGAUUACUGCACAUACAAUGAGAAGCAUGGCUCACUCGGCACACAGAACAGACAGUGCAAUAAGACAUCCAACGACAGUGGGAGUUGCAAUAUAAUGUGCUGUGGUCGCGGCUACAAUGCCUUCACUGAGAGAAUUGUGGAGAGAUGCCAGUGCAAGUAUCACUGGUGCUGCUAUGUCACCUGCAAGAGGUGUGAAAGGACAGUGGAGAGAUAUGUAUGCAAAUAAACGUUGCAUAGAGACACUUGAGUAAACAUGAAGCACUAUUUUAACCACCAUAUCUUGUCAAGCUGUGCUGGCCCAGGUCACCUGACCUAACUCCUCGUGUAGUAGUACGUAGUCUGCAGGCUACAGUACAAUAAAAAACAAGAGGAACAACUCACAUACAAUACCAAAGAUAAACAGAUGGAUCUGGACUCCUCUGUUACCUGUUUUAAAGAGACUGGAGGAGGCCACUACUGUGAAAAAUAUUUUGUUACUUGAAGAGAAAAUGUGAUUGAUUGGGAGCUGUUAGCUAUUCAUGCUUGAUUAGUAACAUGUUCCUCAAUAGAAGAUUAGUUUAAUUGAUUACAAAGGAGGUACCAUAAAUGCAAACCGUCCAGUCAGCUUUAAGUUGUUCAACUGACACUGAAAAGCUUUUAACAAUUUACAUCUUACUCAUUAACUAAAUUGCCAAAUGAGAGGUAGAAUAGCUGAUUGAUCUAAUUUGAAUGUCCAUUUUAGUCAAAAGGGGCUAAUGCCAUAUACUCCUCAGUUUAGGUACAUUCUGAUCAUAGGCAUACAUAAUACAUUUUAGCUGUAUUUUUAGUUUUUAUUAAUACAUUAGGCAUGUUGAUGUACAUAAGUGCAAUUUUAUAUUUAUUUCUAUUUAAAAAACAACACAAAAAAAUGUUACAUGUGUCUUGUUAAGUUUUAACCAUCUGUGUAUGAGACUGCCAAUGGCAGGUGUUGCUAAACUUGUAAGCCUAAUUUGCCUUUGGCAAACCAAAUAGUAAUAGUAGUGUAGUAUUUAUGCAGCAGAGGCUGUAGUAACAUGACACAAUAGCAAAUCCACACUUUCAUUCUUUCUACCAAAUGUUAGGCUCAUGCUGUUUAUACCAUCCACAGUGGCUAAAAGGUCAAUAGUGGUACUUCAAUCUCAGGGAAUGAUUUAAGGCAAGUGCCACAGCUGCCUCAUCAUUAUUUCUUUUAAAGAUUGAUUACUAUUAUAAACAAGAAGAUUACAUGAAUACUGUCAAACAAAAUUAUAUGGAAUUGGUCAGUGGUCGAAGGUUAUCUUUCUGUGUUGGAGUAUUUCAUAUAUGAUUGAUGGUUGCAGCACAUAGGUCCUAUUUGGUGGAAAUGUGUGGACAAGUAUUUACAAUAGGGCUGUUGUUAGUCUUUCACAUGUUUUGAAACCCUCCCAUGCAGCCAUGGAGACUAUUUACAAAAUAAACAGGUGUUUAAAUUCUUGCUGCCUCCAAAAUUAGCUCAUGCGUCCUUUUAGCCUGCCGUGUUGAGGAGCUAACUACAGAAAAAAAACUCAACAGUGUGCAAUCAUUGAUUAAAAUUGAAUGGAAUUGUAUAGACUGCAGUACGGUGGAAAGGGUAGACUUACUGCCUAAUUAGCUCUGCCUACACUAUGGGGAGGGGGAUGCAUUGAGAGGGACAUGUUGCACAUUUGCUGAACUUCACUAGGCACUAUUCCAUUAUACUGUUUCAAAUGACUUACUAGUUUUUCAUUGACUGGUUAAAAAAAAAAUCACAAUUCAUCUUCAUGGGACUUCCAGAGGACCACUGUCCCAAAGUAAAACAUAGGCCAGGGAACCAGUAGAUUAAUUGCACUUGUAGAGCCUUGUUUAUAGUGAGCCUCUUAUUUCCUC